UGCAAGCGCUGAAUGAUAUCACGGGCUGACGUCAUGUGCAUAAAUAUAGUGGUGGCGAGCUGAGAGUCCGUCGAUAAGAGAGUGGGAUAGAUGGUGGGAGAUUUCGUGCACAAAACACGUCAACCUUCCGUCGUCGUCGUUGGAGUAAAAACGAAGCCCGCAGUUUCGAAUGGUUGCUCGUGUGAAAGACUAUCGCGGUCAAUUUACUGAAUAGUUCAAGUGGAUAUUUAUAGAAGUGCCACUGCUUUGGAUACCAUCGCCCUCACGCAAGACGACUGGACAAUACGCACAGUGAAUCUUGCUGCAGGAUUCAGAGGAAGAACUGUGAAGGGAUUUCCCCGCUCUUUUUGCUGUGUUUUUGUGCGUUAAUCGUUCCGGAAGGGCGAGAAAAUAGUGCGAGUGGAUGUGAAAAAGUGAGAGUUUCCUGCAUUGGCAGCCAACGAGGAGGAACAAACAAGUUUGAAGAAGGCUGGCAUUUUGGAAUUGAAGAGUGAGUGAGAGAGACACAAUGUCGACCCCAAAAGUUCCACCACCGCCGCCACCGAAGCCGUCAAAUCACAGAGGCAAUGAUUCAGUGGCGAGCCACCAGCACAGUGAGGAACAACAGAGGAACGGAGCCACAGACAAGCCAUUGCGACAGGAGCAAGUGGUGAUGACGCCAAAGGGCAAGACCACCAACUCCACAGUGAUCCUCAUUGAGAGGAAGCUGGUGGAGGAGAUCAGCGAGCGAGUCCACGUGGCUGGAGGUGAUCACAAGGGGAUCAUCAUCAACAAAGAUACCAUAAAAGAUCAAAAGUCACGGAUUGUGCCUGCCCAGCUGUGCCUGGAAUUCCGGGUGUUUCUAGUCAGCGCCAACACAGGUCAACACUCUCAGGAGUCACGCACGCUGCGAUUCUGGUUCCGGGAGUGGUUGGAUGAUGGUGAGAGGCAAGCUCAGGUGGCCCAGGAUUUCUUCCGCGAACUCGUGACGCCCAAAGAGUUUCCCCGCGACUACGUGGGCUUCAUCAAGAAGAUUAUGAAGCAACUGCAGAAGGGCUAUGACGAGAUACAGGCCUUGGAGGUGGAGCUGAAGAUACUCGAGACAACUUCAGCACCUCCAUCGAGACCACCGCGACCCGGUUAUUUGAUAUUUUGCUAUGGUGACUGCAAUAGAAAAUUGCACAGCCGCUUAUCAUCCAGUGCAGUGUCAAUUGAAGACACCCAAUUUGAAGUGAUACCACUGACGCCCGAGAAAGUUCUGGAGCUCAUUGAACAGGCGUACCCUAAUCCAAUAACUGCUGAGGAUUUGGCACGGGACAAUGGUUGGAGUGAGGAAGAAGUACAACAAGUGCUCAUUUCACUGCAGAAUCGUGGACUGGUGAAGUCAAUGGAGUACAACUCCUUCACACGAAUUCACCACGAGGACAAGGAUAUUAAGGUGGUAAAGCAGAUGCCCACAAUUGCAUCAAACAAACAGCCGACAAUUGCCAUAAUCACAGCUCAAUAUUGUGAGAAAUUGGCCGUUGAUGCUAUGUUGGAGAACAAGGAGACGUUUGUACGAUACACAACAGUGGGAACAUCAGCUGAGAAAGAUGUGAAUGGGUUAGAGAGGAGGAGGCAAAAGAAGAAGCGUUUUGGCGAGUCAAAUGUGUACACGCUGGGCAACAUUGGCGCCCACCGGAUUGUCAGUACAAAGCUGCCCAGCGUGGGGAGCAGCAGGGAGGCGAUGACAGCCACGGGAAAUACCACGACUCGUCUCCUGGGCACAUUCCAGAAGGUGGACUACGUAUUCAUCGUGGGAGUGGCUGGCGGUGUGCCGCACUACACGGACUUCAGGAAGCAUGUGCGCCUUGGGGACGUUGUUGUCUCACAUCCUGACAUCAAGAGGAAUUCUGUGCUCGAGAAUGGUCACUCAAAUCCCUGGGGAGAUGAUCAGUUCGUGUACGUGUACAACAGCCGUGUCCGCGAGGUGAAGACCUACUUUCCGGUCAAUCCGUGCCUCCAGCAGAUUGCCAAGUACCUGCAGAUGCAACAUGUGAAGAAGCCGUGGGAGACCUACCUGAAAGAUGGCCUGAGGCACCUGCAGGAGCGCACAACUAACGAUUUCACCCGUCCCGCUGCAAACACCGACAAGCUAUACAUGAACAUUGGGAAUCGGGAUGUUAUUGAGGUGGCGCAUCCACAGCAGAACCCCCAGGAUGCACAGGGGGAUGCCACGGAUGCUGGAGGGCCACUCACGCGUGUUCACCUAGGCCCCAUUGGCUCAGGCAGUGACCAGAUAAAAUCAGAUACACUGCGAACAGAGUUCUCUAAAACUUUCGGCCUUCUGGCAACAGACAUUGAGAUGAGCUCUGUGUUGGACAGCAUCAUUGGCAACUGUCGCGACAGUUUCAUCCUUGUCAAAGGCAUAUCGGACUACAAGGAUGGCACAACGACGAAGAAGUGGCAGAAUUACGCUUCCCUCGCUGCUGCUGCCGUGAUGAAGAGCAUCAUCUGUGCCAUGGAUGCCCCCACGAACGUGUAGACCGGACAAGAAUCCCCUAGAGAGUGUGUGUGUGUGUGAUUAAGGAUUACCAAAAGAAGGUCGAGCAGAAGAGGAGUUUGUACUUUUGUGCUAUUUUUUCACUUGUUGUAGUCACUUGAAAUAUUUAUUUUACUAUCGAAUAGUUAUAAUUCCCUCACAUUAAUCCACUGAGAACUUGAAUUUUGACAUCACUCUGAAAUAUUAAAUAAAGUAUCUGUGC